UGCCGCGCAGAGCUGCCGAACUAUAUUUUGUCAAGGCGAUAUUCACAAAGCUCCGCCCGUUGGGGUUUUCCAUCCCCCCCUUCCCAGCUGAACGGCAAUCCAUACGUACAUGGCGAUGUGAUAGCGCAGAGUUCUUGAAAGUUCCAGAGCGAAGGUCUUGCUUUGGAAACUACACAUAGCAGUUUCACACUCGACCUUAAAACGUUUGUAGUAGGUGAAACAGCAUUGCUGGAAAGUAGCAGUACGGUCCGUGUUGUCAUAAGCAUGAACAACGGUGAGCUUUCGAGUGGAGUUUGUGUUCAUAUUCGCUCGUAAGGCAGUCGUCAGUUCUCGGUCUUGUCGUAACCUACUUUUACGGAAAUGGCUUCAUGUGUGUCAAAAUAGAAAACAGUGCCGAGCAAACGUUUUAAUGAAUUCAUAUGCAGGUGUAACCAGUGUGUAGUGAAAACAGUCUACGGGAGUAGUAGUGGUUGUGUUUUGUGUCUGGAUUUUUUUUAGUGUUUGUGUUGUGACGAUGUGGCACAAGCAGCAUCCCUCCGCUGACAAUUCCGAAUCGGUUUCAGGUUGUGCAUCUGGCCGUCAUCAGACAAACCCCCAUGGAUUACCCUCAGCCACAGAAGAACGGAAGAGGGAAAGUGUCAAAAUCCAGCAAGACGUUUCUAUAGCGAGAGAUCCCUCAUCCCCAACUUGCAUGAAGGGGAACUCGGACGGUUUAUCAUUUUAUGAGUCAGGUCGGACUGAUUCGGGGUUCUUGUCUGGGGCAAAUUUAAGUUCCGAGUGCCCAUCUGUUGAGAUUACUUCCUCUUCUCGAAUACUCGUGGGACCCGAAGAAGGGAAGGAGGACCCUCAUAUAUCCAUGAAGCUGGACAGUGGUGUUGAUGUGGGACUGCACGACCAGUUUAGUAGCUUGAGUCUCAAAAACUCUUCCCAGAAUGAUCUUAAUGUAUCAUCGUCAAAGUCCCAUAGCCGUGGGUAUUCUUCAAACAUCAAUAUUCUAUCAUUGUCACCCCCUCACACUUCAGAGCAGCCCCAACAGCCUGAUGACCCUGUGAAGCCAUGGGAACUGUACUUCAAUCAGGAUGAGGAUGGUGAUACACAACUGCACAUAGCAAUCAUUCAAGGAUUCAUUGAAGUUGUGUACAGCUUAAUUCGAAUCAUCCCCCAUCCCUGGUAUCUUAACAUCCUGAAUGAUGUGUUCCAGGCGCCUCUACAUUUGGCGGUGUUAACGCACCAAGCCCGCAUUGCACGAUGCCUCCUGGUCGCAGGAGCAACCGUGGACAUCAGAGAUCGCCGUGGAAACACAGCACUUCAUCUUGCUUGUCAGAUAGGGGACUUGGAGUGUGUGAAAGCACUAACAGAACCUGUCACGGUAGCAGAAACAAAGACUGCAAACCUUCAGUAUGCCGCCUUCCAGCAGCAAGUGCCACAGAACCUCGAGGAACGCAACUAUGAUGGUCAGACGUGCAUCCAUUUAGCGGCCAUUGGAGGUCACGUGGAUGUUCUUAGGCAUCUAGUAUGGUUCGGAGCCAACAUCAAUGCUAGGGAUGGUAAGAGUGGUCGAACGGCGCUGCACUAUGCGGUGGAAUAUGGAAUCCACAGAGUAACUAAAUUUCUCCUUGGAGAAUGUCUAAUGGGCCCUAGAGGGUUGCAGCUAGAGUUGCCAACCUAUGCAGGAUACACAGCAUACCAGUUGGCAUCCUGCAUUGACUCUGCCCUUGCAAGGGAAUUAGUGGAUAAGGGUGCGCUCCCCGCAAACAUCCCCGAGGAAGAGGAUGACUCAGAUUCAGACAUUAGUGAUGAAGAGAUGUACGGGAUUUCAUCUGACAAAUAUUUUAGCAGUCACAGAAUCAACGGGGAGCCAAUCAACAUCAGUGCUUAAAAUAGUAUGUUCACCACAUCAAAAUGAAUGAGAAACAAAUCAAUGAUGCUUUGUACUGAGUUCUUAAAUUGUAACUCUUGUAAUUCAUGUGCAAGUAUCAGAAAGUGUUCCCUGUGUUGGAUAGGUAGGCCAGAGAAACAGCCUUUGAUUCUGAUGUCAUUGAUAAUAUUGUGACCUCCAGAAGCCUUAUUCCUCAAUCUCCUCCCAUUCCUUCAUUACUCCUACUACUACUUCACAUAAUUCCAAGGUUGUAGAGGAGUGGGGAAAUUGGUCAGAGCAGGAGAGAGGGAGAGAGACGAUGUUUUAAAUGUACAAGGCAAGCAGGCGUACCACAACAGUACUGUGUAGACUAUAUGCACAGGGUUCUGGGACAUGAUUCCAGUGAGUUAGUUCCUACAUCAGAUGGUAUUGAAACUUUUUUAAUGUUUUGUUCUACCCUUGACAUAGUGAGCUAAUGCACUACUAAGCAGCUCUUUUUUGUUUGAUGUUUUUAAAUUUAAUGUUGCAUUGCAUUGUAUUGUAUGGUCUGCUGGAAAGCAGCACAAGCGUUGAAUCUGGGUGGUAUGUAAUGUAAUACCCACUCUGUCUAAGAUUGUUGAUAGGUAUCUGUGUCAUCACUUGAAGUUUCUUGCACAACUGAUUUCUCCAGUUUUUUUAGUAUACAUAUGUCUAAAUAGAAGUUUCUCUGGUACUGGGUUAUGUCAUGCAUGAAUCUUGAAGCCUUGAGAGUGUACAGUUCCUUAAUUUUGUGAACUGCAUGUCAUAGAGUCUGUCUUACAGAAAAUAUUAGCUAGAGGAGAAUGUCUUCUGACAUUACAAACAGUGUACAGUGUAGUUACAAGCAGUAUUUACGAAAGAACUGCAAGUUUUCCGCAAUCAGAAACACCAGUAUUCCACCGAUAUUCGAACUGUCUGUUCCUCAACAGCUAUUCAGUGUGGCCAGUAGAUCUAUAGCCCUGGAAUAUACAGGACCUAAGAGAGGAGAUUCUGCUUCCAUCCCAGCUUUUGGAAAUGAUCUCUCUGCCCUUUGCUAAGCCACCCUGCUUUCUCUCUCCUGCUGUCCAUUACUUACCCCUGAAGUUUACACUGUUGUGGAAGUGAAGGCCCUUGAGUGACUGAGUAUUAACAUACUGGACAGAGUUAUUCAUGCAAGGGAAAGGAACUUUGUUCUUCCAGUGUUAUCAUUUUGCGACAAGAAAAGAAACAGCUGUAGCUAUUUUGCAGUGCAUACUAGAACCAUCAAGUGUGAGCAUGAUCUGAGAACUCAGCUUACCAUAGCAAUAUUGGCAUUUUACAGGAGUAGGGUGGGGUGGGGGGAGAGCCCCCAUAUUGUGCAACUGAAGGCAGUGCUCUGACCCCUACUGUGGUUUUGGAUCCUUUGGUCCUGUAGCGGACAUACAGUUUUGGGCUACACAUUGCUGAGAUGAUGGAUAGGGAUGGUGAAUUCUGAAUUGUUAUGUUGAGAGCAAUUCUGCCUUGUGUUUGCAAACUUAUUAUAUGGUCUCAUUCAUGUGGGGGCAAAAUGAAAAUAAAUAUAUGAUUUGGUGCAUGGCUUAUAGCAUUUUGAAGAAUUGGAACACGAAGUUUCCAAUACCAGGCAAUGCCUUCUUGAAUUCAGACUGAUAAUAUCGCAGUUACAGAAAAGGGGAGACAUGCACCAGAAGGCUGGUACAGCGUCAUGGAAACAGCACAAGUAAAGAAACCACUCUGUAUUACCCCAGAGUAUGUCUGUAGACUUC